AUGGCUGCGGCUAUCGCCAGCGGCUUGAUCCGGCAGAAGCGCCAGGCGCGCGACUUGCAGCACUGGGACCGGCCUUCGGCCAGCAGGAGGCGCAACAGCCCCAGCAAGAACCGCGGGCUUUGCAACGGGAACCUGGUGGAUAUCUUCUCCAAGGUCCGCAUCUUUGGCCUCAAGAAGAGGAGGUUGCGGCGCCAAGGUGUGUGUGCCUGUGCGCCGCAUCCCCAGCUCAAGGGCAUAGUGACCAGGUUAUAUUGCAGGCAAGGCUACUACUUGCAAAUGCACCCUGAUGGAAGUCUGGAUGGAACCAAGGAUGACAGCAGUAAUUCUACAUUGUUCAACCUUAUACCAGUGGGACUUCGAGUCGUUGCUAUCCAGGGUGUAAAAACAGGCUUGUAUAUAGCCCUAAAUGGAGAAGGGUUCCUUUAUACAUCAGAACUUUUUACACCAGAAUGCAAGUUUAAGGAGUCUGUUUUUGAAAAUUAUUAUGUAAUCUACUCAUCAAUGCUAUACAGACAACAAGAGUCAGGUAGGGCCUGGUUCUUGGGGCUCAAUAAAGAAGGGCAAGUCAUGAAAGGGAACAGAGUGAAGAAAACGAAACCAGCAGCUCAUUUUCUACCGAAGCCAUUGGAAGUUGCCAUGUAUCGGGAACCAUCCUUGCAUGAUGUUGGAGAAACAGUGCCCAAGCCUGGGGUGACUCCAAGUAAAAGCACAAGUGCAUCGGCAAUAAUGAAUGGAGGCAAACCAGUUAACAAGGUUAAGACGACAUAG